AUGGCGUCUCUCAGCUACGUCCUCUCCCUGCUGCAGGGUGUUCCAAUCGCCGCCCAAGUCCUCACAAUCAUUGCAGCCAUCCCGUUAGCGAUAUAUGCGUACGACUGGCUUCGCAAAGAGAGGCUUUUCCCUGGAUAUCCACUCAUUUCUCUGGAUGGAAAGACACCGGAGGAGAGCUGGAUCAACUUCCCAAAGGAAACUCUUGUCAAAGGAGCUCAGCUAUGCCCGGAUUCACCGUUUCAAAUCGCCAGCUACACCGGCCCCAAACUGAUUCUCCCCCAAAAGUAUGCUGAAGAAGUUCGCGUCGCAGAAAAUGCUCAUUUCACAAAGUCUGUUACUGCCGACCUCCCAUGGUCACUCCCCGGCUUCAAAGCGUUCCAACUGCAGCACGACCACGAUCGAGUCCUCCCGACUGUCGUUCGCACCAAGCUUUCACUUUCUCUGAACCAACUUACAAAGGGAAUCGUGGAAGAGACCCUCUCAGUCAUUGAGGAUCUAUUCGGUGAGCAGACACGGGGAGGAGAAUGGCAGACAAUCUCCAUCCGAGGGGCAGCGAUGCAGAUCGUCGCUCAGAAUACUCUUCGUAUCAUGGUGGGCGAGAAACUAUGCCGCGACCCGGAACUGAUCGACAUCCACACCAGACAUGCUGGCGCCAUCUUUGCUGCCGGUAGUGAGAUUCGAGCAUUCCCUACUGCGCUCUGGCCCAUCGUCCACUGGUUCUUACCUCUGCCCCAGCAGCUCCGUAAGCAGCUGAAGCGUGCGGAGGAAAUCAUGGGCCAGGAGGUGCGACGGCGUGAACAGGAGGCGAGGACGGCGAUAGCGUCUGGCAAAAAGAUGGCCAAGUUUGGUGACUCUGUGGCAUGGCAUGUGGAUGUGCCCACCAGCUUGGGAGUCAAGGAUUACGAUCAGACCGCCGGCCAGUUGGCGUUCACCAUGGCCGCUCUUCACAAUACCAGCACACAACUCGGCGGAGUCAUGUGGGAGCUUUGCGAACACCCCGAAUGGAUUGACAUCCUCCGUAAAGAGGUCAUUUCUCUGGUGACCGAAAUGGGAUGGACCCGACAAACUCUUGCCAAGAUGGACCUCAUGGACGCUUUCUUCAAGGAGACUCAGACAUAUAUCCGCAAGGACUUGGUAUUCCACGAUGGCCUCACGAUCCCCAAAGGUCGUCGAUUCUUUCUCAUGCCCCUCAUCCGCAUCGACAAACAAGGAGAAUUUGACCCGUACAGAUGGGUCAAGAGGCGUGAGACGUCUGAUGACCCCAAGGGUCUCCUCUUUGUUGCUGCGGGCCUGGAGAGCCAGACUUUUGGACUGGGGAAACAUGCUUGUCCUGGACGCUUCUUCGCCCAUGACGAAAUGAAGGUUGCCACUGCCCUUCUGAUCCUCAAGUACGACUGGCGAAAGCUCCCUACCACGCCCAAGCCUUACUUUGGAGCAAAGGAAGACGUCGCCGUUUUCCCGGAUGGCGUUGAGUUGGAGAUCAAAGCCAGAAAGCCAGAGGUGGAUCUUUCAUGA